AGAAGGCUGUGCGGUCCGAGAUGGGCUCCACUCGGGCACCCUGGAUGGGGCGUGUGGGAGGGCACGGGAUGAUGGCACUGCUGCUGGCUGGUCUCCUCCUGCCAGGGACAUUGGCUAAGAGCAUCGGCACCUUCUCAGACUCCAUUAAGGACUCCACACGUAUCACUUCCCUGAAUGACCCCUACCUCACCGGGAAGGGAGGUGCCAGUAGCUUCAGUAGCCACAGUGGCUCUAGCAGUUCCAGUAGCGCCACUUUCAGUUCUAGUGGUUCCAGUGGUGGCUCCAGUGGUGGCUCCAGCGGAUCCAGUGUCAUCCAGAGUGGUUCUUCAGGAUCUUCGUUAUUUAAGCCAGGAACAGAGUACUCCCAAAUCAGUUACUCCUCAGGAUCUGGCUCUGGUCUACAAAGUGCAUCUGGCUCCUCCCACUCAGGAAGCAGCAGUGCCCAAUUGGGAAGCCCUCAGUCAGGAUUCAUCAGCUACGAAGUAGGACGUGGCUCUGCUCUGCCAACUGAUCCUGAUUCUUCUCGUGCGAAAACAAGCUCCUCCCAGUCUAGUGGAAGCUAUUCCUUUUCUCAGACCUCUGGGGUGUCCAGCAGCGGUGGCCAAAGUGUCAGCUCCAACCUGCAUCCCUGUAGUUCAGACGUCCCCGACUCUCCCUGCAGUGGAGGGCCCAUCGUCUCACACUCUGGUUCCUCCUACAUCUCCAGCUCCCACUCUGUGUCAGGGGGUCAGAGGCCCGUGGUGGUGGUGGUGGAGCAGCAUGGCUCUGGUGGCCCUGGAGUGGUUCAAGGUGCCCCUUGUAGCAAUGGUGCCCUUCCAGGCAAGCCUUGUCCCCCCAUCACCUCUGUGGACAAAUCCUAUGGUAGCUAUGAGGUGGUGGGUGGCUCCUCUAAUAGUUAUCUGGUUCCAGGCAUGACCUACAGUAAUGGUAAAAUCUACCCUGUGGGCUACUUCACCAAAGACAACCCUGUCAAAGGCUCUCCAGGGGUCCCCUCCUUUGCAGCUGGGGCCCCCAUCUCUGAGGGCAAAUACUUCUCCAGUAACCCCAUCAUCCCCAGCCACAGUUCUUCUAGUUCCAACUACCAGUCCUCAGUCAACGUGUUCCAGCCAGUGGGCACUGGUGGGGUCCAGCUCUGUGGAGUUGGCUCCACGGGCUCCAAGGGGCCCUGCUCUCCCUCUGGUUCUCGGAUCUACAGCAGUUCCAUUUCCAUCAAUUCUGGUUCAUCCUACCAUCCCUGCGGCGGGUCUUCCCAGGGGCCUUGCUCCCCACCAGGCACCAGCUCCUUCGGCGGCAGCUCCAGUUCCCAAUCCAGUGACAAAAUUGUCCUUCAGCCCUGUGGCAGCAAGUCCAGCUCUUCUGGUCACCCUUGCACUUCUGUCUCCUCCUCAGUCUCGAGUGGGGGUCCCAAUGGCGCUCCCCAACCUGAUCCCUCCGCUGGCGCUAAACCCUGUGGCUCCAUCAGCUCUGGAAGGAUCCCCUGCCGCUCUAUCCGGGAUAUCCUGGCCCAGGUGAAACCUCUGGGACCCCAGCUAGCUGACCCUGAAGUUUUCCUACCCCAGGGAGGGUUACUUGAUAGUCCCUAA